AUGGCGGACCGCCGCCCCUCAAUGGUCCUGCCCAACCCCAUCUUCGAGGGCAGCGAGAAGCGCGUAGAGAUCGACUUUGCGCCCUCUGCCUCUACGCCCGCCGCCGGCCUGCGCGCGCUGAGCCGCGCCCAGCUGGACGAGCUCAUGUCCCUGGCGGCCUGCACCAUCGUGUCCAGCCGCACCAACGACCACCUGGACGCGUACGUGCUGUCAGAAUCGUCCCUCUUUGUGUACCCCACCAAGUGGGUCCUCAAGACGUGCGGCACCACCAAGCUGCUCAACGCGGUCCCCAGGCUGCUGGAGCUGGCGUCGCAGGGGCUGGGCAUGGCGCCGCGCCGCUGCAAGUACAGCCGUGCCAGCUUCCUGUUCCCCGAGCAGCAGCCCGCGCCCUACAGGGAGGGCUUUGACCAGGAGGCACGAUUCCUGCGCACACACUUUGGCCACCUGGGGAACGGCGGCAGCGCCUACGUCCUGGGGGACAUGUUCAACGGUCUGCAGUGGCAUGUGUAUGUGGCGGACGCCCACGGGGCCGACGCGGCCUACGCCCCGCCCUCGGGGCGGCCCUUCCACAAGUUUGAGGUGUGCAUGACGGACCUCUGCCGUGUGGCGGCUGCUGCGUUCUACCGCGACAACCCCGCCUUUGUCAGCGCGGCGCGCACCACCACUGACACCGGCAUCCGCGGGCUCGUGCCGGGCGCCGACAUCGAUGACUACGUGUUCGAGCCGUGCGGCUACUCCAUGAACGGCAUUCUGGGGGGAGGCUUCAUCACCAUCCACAUCACGCCCGAGGAUGGCUUCUCCUAUGCGAGCGUGGAGGUCACCGGUUUUGAUGCCGACGCCUUCUGCCCCGCGGACAUGCUCGCCCGCAUCGCCGCCAUCUUCCGCCCCGGCAGCCUCUCCGCCUCCCUCUCCGUCGACGCCGCCAGCCGCUGCGGCGGCUACGCCUGGGGUUCCCUCGCAGCGCCGCCGCCCGGCUACGGCGUGCAGUCGGCGACCGCCCAGGAGCUGGCCACCGGCGGCCGCGUGUCGUACUACACCUUUGGCCCCGACCCCGCCGCGGGCGCGCCUGCGGGCGUGGACGACGCGGCGUCGUCGCGCUGCAGCAGCCCCGGCCUCGCCGCGGCCGCGCCGCGCGGUGUGCUGCGCCACAUGCCCUCCUUCAGCUCUGCCCCGUCCUCGAGCUUCGACUCCGGCAGCAGCUGCGACGACAGGAGCAUCGCCAGCGGCGACGAGGGCGAGGGGGCCGCCACGGGCGCGGGCAAGGCGGCCGCCGCGGCGGCCGCGCGCGCGUGGGCCAAGGGGCUGGCGCUGUCGAUGAAGCGCGUGCGGUUUGAGGACGACGAGAGCGGCGGCGCGGCCAGCAGCGGCGCCGCGUCCGACCUCGGGUCUCCUGUCGCGGCCGGCGCGGCGGUCGUGUGA